GCUCCAUAGGUUCUUAAUGUGAGACUAUGUCAGAAUUCGAGUACAACGAUAACCUCGUGCCUUGUACGGGAAACGACUAUGAUUCGUCGUUCGAAAGCGAUACAUAUAAAUUGCACAAGUCAAACAGAAAUAUUAAGGUUACUGAUGAGUUCCAACAACCCGUUCACGGUUUUACUGCAUCAUCGAGUGCACAUGCAGGCCACGAUCAAAUAAAAGGACACAAGAGCCAGUUUUGUAGCGAACAAUCGCGAGCCGAAAAACGGCGUGAAAGGUACGCCAUCCUCGCGCUCGACGCCUACAGUCGUCAUAAGAAACUCGUCAAUGACUAUUUGCUUUGCUACAAAGGACAGACUGCCCACUUAAAGCGUGACAUAUGUAGAGAUAAAAAUGAUGGCGACGUUUUACGAGAGAAUCAUCGCUUUCUGUGGGACGAUGAGUGUACAACUUCAGAUCUUACAUGGGGCCAAAGACUAGCCAAGAAAUACUAUGACAAGUUAUUUAAAGAGUACUGUGUAACGGAUUUACGAUUCUACAAGAAAAACAAGAUCGCCUUCCGGUGGCGUACCGAACAGGAAGUCGUCGUUGGAAAAGGACAAUUUAGUUGUGGCGAAAAGAAUUGCAUAAACGAUGCUGACCUCCGGAGUUGGGAGGUUAAUUUUGCCUAUGUGGAGCAAAAUGAACGGAAGAAUGCGCUCGUUAAAAUUCGCCUUUGUCCUGACUGUUCCUAUAAACUGAAUUACCGAACACAACGGAAGGAAGUGACGAAGAAGCGGAAACGCAAGAUUGAACAACAGCUAAGUAAAAUGAGAAAGAUAGAAAAAAAAGGAAAUAAGAAGCGUCGGCAAAGCAAACCGAAAAAAAUAAAAAAAAAGCAAAGUCGGUCGCUUAGGGACGAGGACUCGUCUUCAGAUAGCUCAGGUGGAUUUCCAUCUGAAGACGAAAAAGCUAACCUUGACAAUGUUAAGGUUAUCGAAGAAAAACAUGUAGAUAAUGACAAUCCAUGGGCAAAGCCAGUUCAAAUUCAGGAAGAAUCGAAUUUAGACGACGAGUUUGACUUAUUUCUGGAUGAAAUGUUUUUGUAAAUAAAUAAACUCGUUAUGUAAUAUAAAGAGUA